AACUGACAUCAGUCUUGUUGUCCUGUCAUUGGUGUCACCCUGUCUUGUUUUUGUAUCAAACAAAAUUCUUGUAAAUGUUACGAAUAAUAGAAUAAAAAUGAGUGCAAUAUUAAAAUUUAUCCGUGAAAAUCAUCUGUUAGCUGUAAUAGAAGAUGCCAUUGUUAAGAAAAAAACAAAAUUAAGUCUCAAUACGUUUGAAAUCACCGAAAUUCCAGCCCUUCUUUGCACUUGUUUGGAGGUGCAACAUCUUUAUUUGCAUAAAAAUAAAAUAACAACUCUGCCAAUCCAAAUAACUCAACUCAUCAACUUAACAACUCUAACUCUCGAUUAUAACAAUUUAAAUUCAUUGCCACCUGAAAUUGGUAGCUUAAAAAACCUUGUGAAUCUUAACAUAAGCCACAAUCCGUUGAAAGUGUUAAUACCUGAAAUAUUUGAACUUGAAAACUUAGAAGCGUUGUGGUGUAAUAGAAUAGAGUUGAAGGAAUUGCCUUAUGAAAUUAAAAAGUUGAUGAAACUUGAUACUUUUGGCGCGAGAAAAAAUGAACUUACGACUAUACCUGGCGAAUUGACCGCACUGCCAUUUUUAAGAUGGCUAACACUGGACACUAACCAUAUAGAUACAUUGCCAAAUACAAUGGACUGGAUGGAGUCCCUUGUACAUUUGAACCUUUCCAACAAUAGACUCAGGGAGUGUCCGAUGUCUGCCCUCAAGUGCCGUAAUCUGAUGUACUUACUGCUCAACAAUAAUGAGAUAUCAAGCUUUCCAUCGGAUGCAGUCUUCUUGUCUGCAUUAGAAAUAAUAGAUUUACGGUCUAAUCCAAUAUGUCAACAGCCGUACAUAGAACAUCCCUUGAUACGAUACACGGACGAACGUAUGCCGGACGACCUGCGAGUCGUGCCUGUGUCGCUGGAGCCUUCGUCCUCGCACGAGGGUUCGUUAACCCCGCAGGUGGGGCCGCUGCCCUUUCAACUGGACCCUCAUACGAUAGCUAUCAACGCCACUACAUUGCGUCCGGUCCCCAUUCCUACGAUGAGGCAUGACGAGCAUGAUCCUCUCGUUAUGGCGGAUGUCGACGCAUCGCCAAUAGACAUCGACGGAUCAUCAAUCGACUCAUCAGAAGAUUGGGAGCACAGUGUGAACAGUUCAGACCUAGAUGUGCAUUACAGGAGCGAAGACGAGAGAAUUGAGAAUGAGGCCGUCGGCAUGGUGUUGCCAACACUAUCGCGGUAUGCUUCCACGGCGAGCUAAAUUAUUUCAUCGGUGAGUAGGUAGGAAACAUUUUAAUCCGAAUUUAAUGUAUAAAAAGGUAUUGCUACUCUAAAAAAUGUAAAAAAGAAUGUUUUGAACUUCUUAUAAAUAAAUUGUACUCAUUACAUAAACGGGAUAUUUUCAGUGAUAACAUUAUUUAUAAGCUUAAAAAAUACGGCUACUACAUAUAUAUUUCUAUAUUGAUUUUUUAUACACGUAUCUUUACAUAGUAUAAAACAAA